AUGAUGACAUCUACUAAAACACAUUCUCUAACACAAUUAAAGAUACCAAUAACUAAAAUUCUCCAUCUCCUCUACCUAAGUUGCCAAUUUAUAAAAGUAAUGGAUUCAACCCAAUAUCUACAAUCUAAAAUUCAAGAAGAGAGAUUAACUCAAAUACCCCAGAAUGUUGGAAUUACACAAAUAUUUAGAAUUGUGAUCAAUAAUGAUAGAUACAUUAAUAGAUCAAUAGUCAUAAUGAAUAACCAAUUGUGAUCAACUAAUAACAGUAAAUUUGUGAAUAGUUCAGUUUAAAAGAAAUAGUAAAAUUACCUAAUGAGAAUGAAUAAAAUGUUGAAUAACCUAAAAAUUUUGAAAUCAUAUCUUUGAUUCAUUAAAAAAGUUAAAACAUCAUGCCACAAUCUAUAAAAAUUCAUAAUCAAUAAAAAGUAAUAUAGCUUAUUAUUUUCUUAGAUCAAAAUGAAUUAAACACUAUCAACAAAUCUCAAGAUUCAAAAUAAAGAAAAUAGCAGCCAUCUGUAGAUCAAAUUGAACAAAAGAGAUUUUAUACACUAAAUCAGAAUCAAUAAAAAUCAUAAUAAUAAUAAGAAGACACCUUAAAAGAUAGAAGUUCUAAAGAAUUAAGUGGACAUUCUGGUGAAUCUGUUUACAAUUAAGUUGUAAAAAUAAAUACUUUAUAAUAAUAAAUGAAAAAAGGAAAGGAGAACACUCAGAUUGAUUGGACAGGUAGUUUAAGAAAUAAGUAAAAUAUAUUAGAAAAAAUCAGUAAUGAAAUUAUCUAUAAUAUACUUUUUCCAAAUUGA